GAAUCCAGUAAAUAGAACCCAGGAGCACGAGCAGUGUCUGUGCUGACGUCACGGCCGUACGUUGAGAGCUGGAGCGGAGUUGUAAGCGCGAGCUCAGACGGAGGCGCGCCGAGGGAACAGCUACAGCUAUGGUGCUCUGUUCUUCUUCGUGAGGACGAAAUCAGCCAAUUUUAUUCUCGUUGACGUCUUUUUCUCCGUCUUCUCCGCGACGUAAACAAGCCGUCGGACAUUUUGAAAUCGCUUCGGGGAUACAAUAUGUCUUCCACGGUGGUCGCUGCCUCCAGAAGGCAGUCCUGCUAUUUAUGCGAUCUGCCCCGCAUGCCGUGGGCGAUGAUCUGGGAUUUUACCGAACCCGUCUGCCGUGGUUGUGUGAACUACGAAGGUGCCGACCGGAUUGAAUUCGUUAUCGAGACUGCCAGGCAGCUAAAGAGAGCACACGGCUUUCAGGAGGGCCGCUCUCCCGGCCCGGGGAAGCCCCAGCACGCCGGGAAAGAGAUCAAUCACUCGGUUGGGGACCUGGGCUCUCGUCCCCCUCAACCUCUGGAUCGUUAUCCGCUGUCAGACAGGCCGCCGCGGCUGGGCCCGGAGUACCAGGCGGGCAGGCAGGCGAACGGCCUCCCGAUGCCCAACGGAUUUCCCAAACCCGACGAGCCCCCUGAGCUAAACCGCCAAAGCCCCAACCCCCGCAGGACUAGCACGGUUCCUCCUAACUUGGUGCCUUUGGUAAACGGCGCGAUACCUGCCAUACAUCCACUCAGCGGCCGCCAGACACAGAUCUGUCUGCCCGGCGCUCUGAUCGCGCCUGUCCCCGGGGAGCACGGCAAGCGCCCAGAGGAGCUGAAAGACAAGCACCGGGCGGACAGCAUGUCGGACAUGUCGGACAGCCACAAGGACUGGAUAAACAAAGGCAAAACUGUCAGGGACCUGAUGCUGCACACGUUCGACGGCAGGGUAAAGAAGGACCACACCGCCAUGCAGCGGGUCAUGGCGUACGAAAUGAGUGGCACUUCCUCAAAAACAGACAGAGGGAAGCACCCUCGGCCUGGGAAGAGGAAGGCCUCCCCUGAGCCAGACUGUGAGAGCAGUGUCCCCAAGAUGAACGGCAGUGAGGGCCAGCCAUGGCUCCCCUCACCCUCUGAAGUCCUGAAGAUGCCCCCAGCUGCCCUGCCAGGCUUCUCUGCAGCGCCUCCAUCAACCAUCUCCCCCCACUCCCGCACCACACCACCUGAGGCUGCCACAGCGCAGAAUGGCCAGUCUCCCAUGACAGCACUCAUCCUCGCCACCGAUAACGCAGGCAGCACGGGCUCACCUAAGGACGGCAGCCAGGUACAUUCCACCGUGGCGGGGGCACGACGGAACAGCGGGAGCCCCCUGUCACCCUCACAGAGGAGGUUGGCCCAGAGAGAGGGGCCUGUGAGUGCCAACCCCUCUGCUCCGCAUGGUCCCGGCAGUAUGGAGCCACCGCCACAGAGCAUUCCGGAUUCCUCUGUGCCGCCGGGCAGCGUGCCGCUGUGCUGCACUCUGUGCCAUGAGCGGCUAGAGGACACUCAUUUUGUCCAGUGCCCUUCAGUGCCCUCUCACAAGUUCUGUUUCCCCUGCUCCCGGGAGAGCAUCAAGCAGCAGGGGGCCACCGGCGAGGUGUACUGUCCCAGUGGUGAAAGGUGCCCGCUGGUUGGCUCCAAUGUACCCUGGGCCUUCAUGCAGGGGGAAAUAACCACCAUAUUGGCCGGAGAUAUAAAGGUAAAAAAGGAGCGGGACCCUUAAAAAGUUCUCCGACUGCUUCUCGUGAACUUGUUUCCCUCUUGUAACCCAAGUAUGGCAACAACAGCAGGACAUAAAGUAACAGACACAGCUCACCCAGCAAGCCUCAGAGGAGCUGGCAGACAUGUACAUAGUGAACACAGGGGAGUGUAUACUUCAUAAAUGUGGCUGUAAAAUUUGACUUCUUUCUUUAAUACAUUGUGUUUCUUACUGUGUUUCCAGUAAGACUUUUCCUUUUUCCCACCACAGCUGUUUCUUCUCAGUCUGUCGUUGUACUUUAGGUCUGCAGACAGUCCCUGUCGAGCAUAGAAUGUGACUAAUUUGAGCACUUGGCAAAAUCCUUUAAUAAAUGAAACAAAAAAUGCUUCUAGCUGUACAUGUAUGCACUUGCCAAAUACAGUUUCAGAACUUGUAAUAAUACCCCCAGUGUCUCUGUGGUUUGCUUAUUUUCCAUUAUCCUGGAGUUGGUCGGAGAGUCAUGGCCUGAUUGUGAAUCAGUCAUGAUGCAAUCCCUCCCAGCAGGAACAAAUUGGCUUCCAGGGAACAGUGGGUGGAAGGGAAAAGUCAGGGAGCGAGGGAGAUGGAGGAGGGGGGAUGAAGGCCGCAGUAGAAGUGCGUUGCAUAAAUGCUGUGUACUGUAAAUCGCACGUGGGUGAGCCGAGGCUGCUCAGCGCUGAGGCCUCGUGCCCCAUGAGUGCGGGGGGAGAUAAGGAGGGCCUAAAAAUAGUCACCGUGGCUUCAAAGUGACGCCCGCUCCGGCGUUUGUUGAUGUCAAAACAACUGCCUCACAUAUCCUGUUUGGGCACUUUGUCUGGAUCUAGAGGUUUUCUCUUUGCUUCUCCUCCAUGCACCCAAAUCAGCCUGACAUCUCGUCAGAUGCUGGCAGCAGAUCAGAGCUGUUGCUGACUGAACACACCCUGAUUCCAAUGAAAGCACAUGGGAGACGUGAGGUCAUGAGCGGCGGAGGCCCACUGGGACUGUUAGCGCAGGAACUGAGCGAUCAACCCUUUGCUUUCCUCCUCCUUUCCCUUCUCUCUCCUCACGUUACACCCUCUGUCACGCUGUCAGGAUGACGGAAAUACCUCAGGGCUCUCUUUUCUGUUUCAGACAGGCUUCGUUCUCCACAACAAAGCGGCUUCAUCAGACAAAAUGGCUGCUGUCAGAGCGGAUUUGGACGAACCUUAAAUCCCCCCACGCUCUCGCCCCCGUGUCAGCGACGUUUAUUUGUCUUAUUUGCUUUGCUUUCACUUAAACGUGUAUAUCGAAGCGUCAUCUGUGGAUACUCUCUCGCUGUCACGUUUGACUGCUUUGACUUCAGGAAGAAAAUAAGGAGGGGGCCCUGCUUCAGAGUAGGGGGGUGGGAGUAAAUGCCUUGCUCAGGGGUCACGUGCUCCUUAGUGGAAUUCCUGAGUCACUGUCCUCCCUCCCUCCUCUUCUAAUGUCUCCUCCCCCCUACUGCAGUAACUUUUCAAGGCUGCUGAGCGCACAGACAGAUGAAUGGGGGCCUGUAUGUGUUUAUGCCAGGACACCGUGCAGGGAGGAAAACGUUAACCCUUCCCCAGCUUUCUCCCUCCACAGACAGCGUGUUUAGUUUUAUCCUGCAGCACAUUUAAAAGGAAUGCAGUUUCCUUCCUGGUAGAGCUGUAUCUGUGCUGGAGGGUAGACUGUUCUUUCAAACUUUCCUGAUUGUCAAACUUUCAUUUUUAAAUCAAGAUUUUCAGAAAAUUUUAUACCACAAACAUCUAUAACUUGUUUUUGAAUGUCUUAAAUGGGCUUAAAGAGGUUUUAUAAUAAUUGCGUGCUGACCUGAACUGCGAUUAAAUCAGUCCAGGUCAGCAGACUAGUAGGUCAGUGGUGGGUUUGGUUAUGCAAUGGCUCUUUUUCUUUAAUGAAAUUCCUCUUACUUUGUAAUCAGCAGUAGACAGGCUUUUACACUCCUGUCAGUCUGUCACUGGGACUCGCAGACAGCGUCUUAGGUCUAACAGAGUUCAUAUGAGUCACAGUUAUUUGAUACUUAGUGGUAAUAAGGAACAUCACGCUUCUGCAUCACUCCCGCGUGUAGUGGGGAAACCUGAAGUAACAUUUAAUGCCUUGCAUUAAUAUCAUGGCCAAAGUAACCUCAGGAUUCACUGAUGUGCUUCUCAUUGCACCUUUAACAUUUUACAAGUUUGUCAUCAAAGUAUAGUUCAAUAAAUGCAAGUACUUAAAAAAGAG